UGUAACUAGGGUAAUUACAUGCCACACCAUUAGAUGGCGACGUGUAUAUUCGAAAGUAAACACAGCCAUGCCUGCGCCGUGACGAAGAAAGAAACACCGGUGUGUGACAGCUGCACACUCGAGUUAUGAUUGUGAGACUGAUCGUUAUUUCAUUGAACACAGUAAUAGAGUUUCCCCCAUCAGUUUGAGAGUUCAGAAGAACGGGUUGUCUCGGAAGAACAGCAGGUAUCGCCAACGCCUUGCCAUCAGAGAGGAUAUGAAAGCCUAAAACACAGACCGCUUGGUUACAUUUGGCGUGACAGUGACCGUUUGGCAUUUGGCGUGACAGUGAUUUCUCGGUUGUGGCAAUAUUGCGUACGGCUCGUGAUGGAGGCUCCUUGCCCCAGGUUCGUGUACAGCAGCAAGGAUUACAUACACCAGGUAUCGAGACGAGAAAAUGAUCAUGGUUGCCCUCCACAGAUGUCCAAGUUUGACUCAAGCAUCAGGUCAGGAUGGGAGGAACGAAUGCAACGUGGACUCUUUCGCUAUCACCUCGGCGCGCUGGAGACCCGGAUCCUUCCCGGCCAGGCUCGCCUGGUCGCCCAACUAAACAUCGCCAGGGGCCAGCAGAGACGGAAGCCGCAGGAGAUUCUGAGCAUCCGACAGGACUUCAAUCCUAAUGUAUUUAAUUUCAACAAGGCGAACCCUGGGGAACCCAUAUUUGAACUAACCAAUCAGGAAAUGCCCGCCAGUGAGGUUACCAAAUGCUGUAAGAUGAUGGUGAACGUCAGUCCGCUGGAAUUUGGACACAGUCUGAUUGUUCCCGAACCACGCCAGUGCCAUCCGCAGGUGCUGACCCCUCACUCAAUUCAGGUCGGCAUCGAGUGCGUGCUGUUAAGUGCAGACCCUGGCUUCCGGGUUGGCUUUAACAGCCUCGGGGCUUUUGCAUCCGUCAACCACCUUCACCUGCACGGGUACUACCUGGAUCACGAGCUGGCCGUGGAGAGCGCACAUGCCGCACCUGUGGCGCCAGCUCGAGGCCUGUUCUGUUUGAGCGGGUUCCCGCAAGGGUUGUUGUUCUACACUGAGGGGAAAGAACUACAGGCUGUUGUAAAGACAAUUCACGCUGUGACUGAUUUCAUGGUGAAGCACAAUAUCGCCCACAACCUGUUCUUGACGCGAGGGUGCCCGCCUGAGGCCGAGAGCGCGCGUGACAACAGGAGGGCUGGUGUGCGCAUCAUCGUGUGGCCCAGGCUCGCGUGUUUCGGGGCGAAGGAGGAGACGGGCUUUAACGUGGCUCUGUGCGAGCUCGCGGGCCACCUGCCCUUUAAGAACCGGGAGGAGUACGAGGCUGCAACCGAGGAUAGCGUGCACGGUACCAUCAGGAAAUACACCUUACCAACAGAGUCAUUCCUGAACUUGCAGACCAAGCUCAUAUGCCACUUGUCACAAGAUGCCACAAACCACUCUCACUAGAUGGUGGUGACAUAGUGGCAUUUAUUGACAAUGUGCAAUUAUUUGAUGGGUUUACUGGUUGGUGAAUAUGCUGUUGCGUAAUGAUGUGGUUUAAUAAAUUGUUUUCAGGACAAAUUGCCUUAAUAAACUUCACAUGCGUAUCUCAACUGCCA